GAUGAAAACGGAGCGUUUCGAAAACGCAUUAGUGUGGGCAGGGUCUUAAUUAACAAACUUUGAAACUUAAGUGUUGACAUUCGAAAAGGAACAAAUCGAAAUAAUAGUCUUUAUCCAGUUACGAUUUAAACGUCACAAAAUAUGCGUGACAACAUAACGAAAUUAAGGGUAGAUGACAAGGGAAUGGAAAUCGUCCAUAUGUGGACAUUUUCGUUUCUGUAAACAUCCAUACGAAUCCCACUGUGAUUAAAAUUGAUGUUUGUUUCUUGAUGUAAUCAAAUAAACUUCCCCUUCAAUAGGGAAGCCGCAAAGUUUUCAACGUAGCAAGCGUCUUUUUACACUUAGCUACAGCCCAUCCGUUUUUACUUUACUGCUUUCUUCGAGUGUUCAAAUUCAAAGACACUUUCUUCAUUUCGACACGUUUGAAUAAUCUUGGUUUUCUUUGUCGGCAGAAACUGCACGAUAGGCCUUGAUGAAUUAUAAAAUGAUCGAAACGAUUAUUUCUUCCAGCGAAUUUCGUGACAUUUUAUGCAACAUCUGUCAAAGAGAAAGGCCGUUGAGUGAUAUUGCACACGACACUGACUGGCGUUCUAUUCAUGCGUUAUAUUGUUGUAUUUUGCUCGCCAGAGAGGUAAGUUCCGGUCCGACGACCAUUACGUGCAUCAUAUUACAUACAGCACAAGAGCGGUUUCGUCGGUAUUUAGAUGAUACAAACUGCGAACGAGGGAGGAGUAUUCUUUCAAUGAAAGCACCAGCCGUUUUACAUGUAUUUGUUUACGUCGGAUUAAUAAUAUAAAGAGUACAUAGCGAAGAGAAGGGCAUCUGGAUUAUCAUUGUAUUAUCGUUUUAAAAAUGCCGAGAGCUUGGUUGCAUGGACCAAGUCAUUCCAGUGGCAAAAUGCCGACAGAAAUGACGAUAAUGCGUAGUAAAAACCCAGCUAAUGAACACGAGAAGUUCGAGGGAGUCGAUACUUGUCACGUUGCUUCACACAGAAAGCGACGACUCGUGUCACAAAAUGGCCGAAUUAAGGUUACAAAUACAAAUAUUCCGGGAAAGCGAGAGAGAUUUUACGGCGAUUUAUUCACUACAGUUUUGGACAUGUCUACUCGAUACAUCUUGCUAAUCUACUCGGUCGUGUACCUGGCCAGUUGGUCUGGCUUUGGUACUCUUUGGUGUCUGAUCGACUAUAGUAGACAAGUACGUGGUGACGGCCAAUUUUACUGUAUUGAGAAAGUCCAAGACUGGACAAGCGCUUUCCUAUUUUCUAUUGAAACGCAAACUACAAUCGGUUAUGGUGGUCGACAGGUAACGCCCAAUUGUCCAGAAGGAGUUAUCCUUUUACUUAUUCAAACUUUAGUCGGAUCGUUUAUUAAUGCGACGUUGCUAGGGAUAAUAUUUGCGAAAGUCUCGAGGCCCAAGAAACGAUCUCGGACCGUUCUAUUCUCGGAGAAGGCCGUCAUCGGAAAACGGGAUGAUCGUCUUUGCUUGAUGUUUCGCGUCGGCGAUCUACGACAGUCGCAACUCGUGGAAUGUCAUUUGCAAGUGGAAAUGUACUACACACGACAAACGAACGAAGGAGAGCUACCUUACUUUCACGAGAAGUUGAAAAUCGGUAAUGGCAUUUCUGCCUCGGAGAACGUAUACUACUCCUUUUUGCUCAUACCAAGCACUAUUGCGCAUGUCAUUGACCGUGGAAGUCCAUUAUAUAGAAUGAGCAGUCUGGACAUGUUAAGAGCAAAUGUUGAGCUUGUUGUGUUCCUCGAAGGAGUCAUAGAAUCUACUGGCCUCACCAUGCAGGCUCGCAUGUCAUAUACCGCUCACGAGAUCGUAUGGGGCUAUAACUUCUUCCCGAUGCCCUGUCAUGAUGAUUUGCGUCUUAAAGGUCAACUCGUUGUGGAUUAUACGCGAUUCAAUAAACUUGUACCCAUAAAGAACAUGCCUUUGUGUUGUGCUAGCGAAUACGAACAAAUGAUACGACGACGCAGUGGCCCUGGUGGUGCAUCGGAGGAUGAUUACGACCAUCACAAUGAUAUUGAGGCUCAAAGGGGGCUUAAAAACAUACAACAGAGCGAUGAUAUGACGUCGAACUAUAGAUGUGAGGUCAUUCUUAAUGGUCUCGUGACCACAACAUUACCGGUCGGCAAUGGGGUUUGUGAGGACGAAAUAUCCGAGCAUACUGUAUAACGAGCACUGGUAACGAGUGACAAGGAAGGCCAGUGAACUGUUAUAUUGACUGGAACGCUAACGCCGAUGCUUGUUCUAUACGCCAUUUUAAACCCAGUUCUGAAAAUCUUGUGUGGUGAAACUUUUUAUGGCAAUUUUCGCUACUGUAUUUGUGUGGUUCGUUUUUGAAUUUCCAAAAUAGUAUCAUAAAACUUCUAAAAAAACUCAGAAAAAUGGGCUUCGUUUUUGGCUUCAAAGAUAGCGGCGUUGUUAGCGUUCCAGUUGAUGUACACAGUUCACUGCUUAAGAGUGAGGACCUCAGCUAAUUGACGACGGGAAACAAAAAGAAAAAUUUGUAUAAGAGAUCUAAAAUUAUUUUCAUUCGUUAUUUUUGAUAACUGCCUUGUAAAUGUAUUUAAUAUACUUAUGUUGUAAAUUAUAUCAUUGUUAGCACACACAGACUUCUCUCGCAUGGCGCUUUUUUUAACUUGUUCUACAAGGCUAUUAGCAGAGAUGGUAGAUAAGAACAAUAUCAAUCGUGGACUCUUAAUGUUCUUAUGUCAUACAUACUCACAAGCAGCUGCUGCGCUAAUUUCAUGUGGCAAUAACUAUAAAUGUAGAAAUUUUUGAAAUUUUAUAUUCUACGUAUGCAUAUUGAAGCUAUUUCUAAGAAACGAUUUUCAUCCGUAAUCAUAUUUAUAUAAAUGGUGGUCAUUUACUUUUGACUUUUGUACAAUUGAA